AUGCACUCGGCAUACCGUCCCACCACCAUCACCAUCCUCAAUCCGCACACACGAGACGUGGUCGACACAAUGUCUGCAACACAAUCAUCCAAGGCGGGCAGUCCAAACGACUUCCUCAAGGGCGUCAUUGGCAAGAGCGUCAACGUCCGCCUCAACUCGGGCAUCGACUACCAGGGCGUCCUGUCGUGCUUGGACGGAUACAUGAACAUUGCACUUGAAAACACAACCGAAUACGUAGACGGCGUAAAGAAGAACAACUACGGCGACGCUUUCAUCCGUGGAAACAACGUCAUGUACAUCACCGCACUCGAAAAGUAA